AUGACCAGACAAAUUGGGAAUGAUUUGAACGAUUCCAGAAAUUCAAGUAAACUUGGAAGUAAUUUUGAGACCAAGGUAAUGUUGCUUUGUAAGUUUUGUAUGGCGAAUACAUUCACAGGCAUACAAGACGGGAGGUAGCGAGGGAGAUUACCCUCCCAAACUUUUAGAAAACCAGAGAAAUUCGGGUAAAUAACAGGUUAUAUAAAAAAGUAACGAAUACACGUAUGUACUGUACAGGAGAAUAGCGGUCCGUCCCCACCAAUGUUUUGUGAGUGUAGUUCCGAUGAAAGGGGCAUGGAAAAUUGUCAGCAAACAGUGUUGGCUAUCUUACGUGAAUCUACUCAUAGAAUCUACUGAACUUUCUUGUAAUAGUCUAGGUGACUAUGUCUCCUACGAAAUUAAAUUGUCAAGUAUUCUGAAAUCAAUAUUUGACACUGUUAAAAGGUGGUUUAGUAGGAUCUUUACAUUUUUCUUCAAGUCCCUCCACAAUACAAGCAAAUUUCAAGGACUAAAAUUUCAUUUUUUCCUGAAGGGUCAUACCCCCUAGAAUUGUGACUCACAAAUUAUUAAGUUGCACCCCCAAAAAAAAAACCCUCUAGCGAUGGCACUGUUGAAAGUGUCUAUUAAUGAAAACUUAAUCAUAUUCCAAAUGCUCGCGCUUCGCGGUCUUAUUCAUUUUUUUAAGUUUUAAAUGUUUAUUUGAUAUAUAGAUACUUAAAGUGGCAUUUGGUUGUAAAAAUGCUCCUCAGACGUCGAGCCCGUCAAACAAUAAGAAAAUAUGGCUUGCUGUUGGUAUCACCUUGGCAAUUCUUCUCCCGCUUUUAAUCUUAAUCUUCUGGGUAAGUAGCAAAGUACUACUUUUAGAUAUUUAAACACUAUAUAUAUAUAUAGAUAUAUAUAUAUAUAUAUAUAUAUAUAUAUAUAUAUAUAUAUAUAUAUAUAUAUAUAUAUAUAUAUAUAUAUAUCCCUGAGGUAACCAAUUUUUGGGUUGCUUCGACCAAUUUGUUUUUACAGUGGACAUGAAGAGCGCAAGUAUGUGCUAAACGAAAACUGACGAGGCCAGCAUAAACUGAUUGAAAACGCCUACAACAAUCGAGUUUGUUGCUGUGCCCCUCCCCCCUCAAUUUGCAUUUUCCACAAUCGUUUCCGGUGCCUUCAUUUCCAAGUGGUGAUGAUCAGAAAGCAACAUUUCAUGCAUGGUCUUGGAACAUUUACUUCUCAACCCGCGCUUAUGCCACUGACUUAUUAGUUAUUACUUAUCAUAUUUUGUAUCAUAAUUGAGGAUAACUGUAACAAAUAAUGCAUUUUUCGUUAGACUCAUCGUUUAUACAAAACUACGUUCGUGUUUUCCCGUAAUUUUGGAACCCGCUACAGGAAUAUAGAACAAGAUACUGUGAAUGGUAACAGAUACACUAACGAGAAGCGGUUUUUGUAGUUUGACUGUAACUUACCCCAAAUAGUGUUGUUUUUAGUUCAACCGAGAAAUGAAAGUAUAUCUUCAUUAGAAUGUAAAAUGUAUCUUUUCUUAAUUUUAUAGAAGUGCUAUCCUCGAAAUAGGCGGGUGAGACCUAACCACUUCGCCAUGGACAACGUUGAUGACGAAGGAUUUGAUGGCCAAGAAAGAGCUCAUAUUCUGGUAGGUGGAAUGAAGAACAUGUUAACCCCACAUAACCUGCCCUAGGAUCAAAAUCACAAAACAAUAGAAUAUGUAAGUUCAUUGGGUUUUGAGUAUAUAGAGCUGAUUGUUGUCGAAGGCACACGUACUAAAAUAGUGGCUGAUUUGUCGUGUUUCUAAACCAUGUCUAGAUUGACUAUAUGCUUGAUUGACUGACAUAUCGUGUAACAAAAUAGGUGAAAUAUCAAACCUUUUUCAAAAAUAGUAUUGGCUGUUGCCCUCAGCGUGUAGGAUAAAUGCAUUUACCUCCAUUGGAUAUGACCUUUAAUCUUUGCCAGGCAUAAUGAACAAAAAAUUAAACUACAUGCCUAGCUCGACUGUAUAUUUCUGUUGCAUGACAAUGGAAUUUUGUGGAUGCUUUUAGCUUCGUUCAGCAAAAAAAAUUUGCUCGUUCGUCACUGGACCAAAAGAAAUAAUUUUGUUUUUGCGCGGAGAUAAAUAUUGUAAGGAUAUCCGGAGCUGAUAUAUAUAGCUAUAUAUAGAUAACUUUAUAGUAUUCUCAAUUUUGAUAGGUUAAUUUACCUGCAAAUAACUGCGUGCAAAUAAUAGUCUGAGCAUGCGCAUUUGUUAAAAACGUUGCUCAGCUACAAAUAAUAGUCUGAGCAUGCGCAUUGCCUUCAAUUUUUGUAAACAAUGACGGCUCGCUUUGCUGAACUUUCGGAAAAUGAGUUGUUUUGCUUACUUGAAGAAAAAACGCGGAAAAUAAAAAAAGCGACUAAAACCGCCGUCAAUGUCUUUCGCCAGCAUUUAUAGAAGCAAGAAAAAUUAACGAAGACGAUCUAGUUGGCUCAAAAGAAACUCUUGCCAACGUCCUUCGCAAGUUUUAUGCAGAAGCAAGAAAGACGGCGAACUUAUAUUAAACGAAAGAUAAAAUGAAGCUUUAUAAGUGAAUGAUAAAACAAUUAUUGAACUCGGUUCUCGCAAAAUAUUGUGAUUUGUCGGUGGCUCGCAGAUCAAUUAUUUGCCUCUGCAUUCGGCAAAUAAUUGAUCUGCUCGCCACCGACAAAUCACGAUAUUUUGCUCAACCUCAUCCAAUAAUUGAUAAUUACCCACCUUGAUAUAUAGAUAGGACUACCCACCCAGAUAUAUAGAUAGAAAAACUUUAUUUAAACACGCUGACCCCGUCAACCGAGGCUGAUUUCCACGAGGGUCGUGUACACAAGUAUACAAACUGUGUAAAAAAAUUUGGAAGCUAUUUACAAAAUUAUAUAAGAUAUAUAGUAUUACAUAUAACGUAAUUAACUAGACAAUAAGUGUAAUAAUCUAUUUACAAGUACAUCUAUAUUUUACAUUAGCUAUCAAUCAAUGUAAGUAGCGAUUUUCUUUCGAAAGGAAGAAAAGGAUUCGCCCUCUCUAAUUUCUUUUGGAAUGGAACCUCCCGAGUAUAUGCUAAUAUGUUUUAGUUUGACCAUGUUGUUUUGUUUUGUAAUCAAAUGCAAUCAAAUGCAGUUAUCUCAAAAAGCGUCAACAUUCAAAGAUGCACGAGAGCAAGAAAAGCCAUUGAAGAAGACGGAAAAUGAAAAGGUUUCCCUUGUUCGUAAGGAUAGCAAUAAACAAGGGCCGAGUCAUCAGGGCGAGGAUACUGAUGAUCGAUGA